AUGCGACUUCUUCACCUCCUCGGCGCUGCGUUGGCAGGCGCAACGGUCUUUGCCGAUGACGCGCCUCGUUGCUUUCCAGCGGAUUUCAUGUUCGGAUCGGCCACCGCCGCGUACCAAGUCGAGGGUGCGUGGAAUGAAGGCGGCCGCACUCCUAGUAUCUGGGACGAAUUCUGCCGCACGCAGCAUAGGAAGAAGGUGGCGUGUGCAAACGUCGCCGACGACUUCUACCAUCGCUACCGAGACGACAUCAAGCUCAUGGUCGAGACCGGUCUGCAGUCCUCGCGCUUCUCUGUCUCGUGGUCGAGAGCCAUGAACUGGAAUCCAGAGACCAAACGCAUGCAACCAAACCCUCAGGGUCUUGCGUUCUACCACGCCCUAGUCGACGAGCUCAACGCCAACAACAUCGCUGGCUGA